AUGGAUUAUGAGGACAGCGCUGUGCUGGAGUUUUCUUCACGUCGCUCGCUCUCCCCUACCCUAGUGCAGGAAGCGAGCUUUGUCGAACCAGUCGUUUUCUCAAAUGAGGAUUUACAGCCCACCCCGGAGGCAUAUGAUGCUAUCUCCUUCGGUUGUGGACGAUAUGACGAUGACAUCUUAUCCAUCGUGGCCUCGGGCGAGCUGUUGGACGUGGUUUCUUGCGCGGUGGGUAAACUGGGACUGGAUUGGGAGGUUGAGAAGGCUAAGGCCCAACCUUCAUCUAAGCUGGACGACCGUCGUCUAACUAGUCGUACACCUGAGCAGCCCCGAAGGCCCUUGCCUUUUUUCCCGGAUCUUCACCAGGAGGCUUACCAAGCGGAGCUCUUAAAGGAACUCGACGAGGGGGAGGGUAUCACACCCGAGGCUGUGAAAGAGCUGCGGCGAGCAAUGGAUUUGGCGCUACGUGCUACCAAAUAUACUCCUCGAGCAGUGCCCUCCACUAGAGAGCGAUGUUGUACCGUUUUUGCACAUCCACCGAAUAAUCAGGUAGUUGGAGUGGGCAGUGGCUCAACUAUCGUCUAUGCUGUGGACCGGCUGGCUGAGAGGGUCAGACAGGAGAAGCUGAAUAUCGUGUGUGUUCCCACGUCCUUCCAGGCCCGUCAGCUGAUUCUGCAGCACGGUCUCACUUUGUCUAAUUUAGACGGGCAUCCUGAGCUGGAUGUUGCGAUUAAUGGAGCUGAUGAGGUUGAUGCUGCUUUGACGCUGAUUAAAGGAGGAGGAGGAUGCUUAGCCCAGGUGAAGAUUGUAGCUGGUUGUGCCAAACACUUUAUUGUCAUUGCCGACUAUAGAAAGGACUCGAAGGCCCUGGGGCAGCAGUGGAUGAAAGGUGUCCCGAUGGAGGUCAUUCCCAUGGCCUAUGUGCCUGUGUCCAGAGCCAUUGUCCAGCGCUUUGGAGGAGAGGCUGUGCUGAGGAUGGCAGUCAGUAAAGCUGGUCCAGUGGUUACUGAUAACAGUAACUUGGAAGUUUGGAAGUUUGAGCAUGCACCGAACUGGAAAGAAGUCAACACAGCCCUCAAGAUGGUCCCAGGUGUGGUUGAGACCGGUUUGUUUGUGGGAAUGUCUGAGAGGGUGUACUUCGGUAUGGAGGACGGGAGUGUCAAGACUAGAGACCCUCCCAUCAACUAAAAAGAUCUUCCUCUGCUCUUGCGAUAGACCAGCCUGCACACCUCAAGUGCCGUUCAAAUACACAGACUCUGGCAGGUUAUCUUAUUUUCUGUAACCGAAACCAUCAGAUGUCUGAUCAGUACCUCUCAUGCACAUGAAAUAUGGAUUUUCACUCAACAAUGCAACAUUAGAUCCUCAGUCCCUUCAGAUAAACCUGUUUUUCCUCUCUUAUCCUCUGUAUGGACAAUUCAGCUUCUGUUGGGCUGGAGUCUACAGCGACUGUCCAUACGGUACAUCUACAGUGUCAGUUUGCCUUCUGUGCUUCUUAACGUAGCCAUUAAUGUUGUCUUACAUGUGUCUGUACAACUGUAUGAAUAUUGUGGCUUGCGUCUGUGUCUCCAUAAAUGUAUAUUUUCACAAAGCUUAGUUGCUAGCUUUACAAAUGCAUGCAGCUUUUGAGAAAAUCUCAGUCACACCCCAUUGCGGCAUUAGUAUAGUGUCUGUGGGUUUGUAUGAUCAUUUUGAAUCUGUUUUGUUGACUGAUUAUGACAGAUUUCCUCAGACGCUCCAAUGUGAAACAUCAAACAAAACGAGUGGCCUUACCCAGCACACAGCGGUUAGUUUAGUUCAGUGAUCAGUCAUCUCAGAGGAUUCUGCCCCUAGAUAAAAUACACUAUUUGAAGUUGGGAAAUGUCACUCGGCUUUUCAUAUUGAUUUUGUUUUCGUAUAAUUUUCUGAUGUGCCUGUGGCCACGAACACGGUGUUGUUGAGGGAUGAAAGCAGUUAGUUGGUGGCACAGCUGAAAGCCUUAUCAUCUGUACAUGUAUUGAUCUUUCAGUUUUGUUAAUGAAAACUCUUCACAGGGGUCACUGUGAUUUUUGGGUAUGGUACUACUUAAAACACCAGCAUGUGUUUUACUCUACCAAUUUUACUGUGAUACUGAGGUUUUCAAAUAUUAUGUUCUAGCCUAAAAAAAUUACAUUAAAAGUGGACCAAUCAA